GGGGAUUGAGCUAGUCGCAUAACCGGAGCUGAAACAAUUUGAAGAUAAAUUAAAACUAGCUCUUUAUACCACUAGCUGUGGCCUUUGGCAGGAUGUUAGAAUGGCAAGUGGCCCUGGCUUGCCGGACAGUCUGGUGCUGGAAAUCUUCCUGCAUCUCCCUCAUAAGGCGGUGUUGAGCGCUGGACUCACUUGCCAUCAGUGGUUUGCAGUGUCUCGGGAUGAGUUUCUCUGGAAGGAGCUUUUCUACAGCUACUAUCGCAUCCCACGCACUGUGCCUCGACACCCAGCGGCUGUGUCGUGGUACAGGGAGUUCAAGCGGCUAUAUGACUGCAUCCCCUGUGUAGAGGUUCAGACUUUAAAGGAGCAUCAUGAUCAGGUGCUGCAUUUAGCCUUCUCUCACCGCGGCCAUCGAUUUUCCUCCUGUUCCAAAGACUGCACUGUUAAGCUUUGGGACACCGAGCAGUCCGAUGGCACCAUCUCUCUGGUUCACAGCUGCAGCAUGCGACAGUAUAACUGGGGCUACACUCAGUUCUCUCAGUUUAACGCUGAUGACACACUCCUGCUGGUGUCAGGGGUCUACCUGGGCCCACAUCACUCCUCCGCUGGAGAGAUUGCAGUCUUCAGUUUGGACAACUACACUCUGCUGUCCCGUGUGAGAAAUAAACCCUAUGAUGUGUUUGGCUGCUGGCUGAAUGAGACUCACCUUAUUUCUGGUAACCUGCAUUGGAUUGGCAACAUGACUUCCUGCUCGGUGCUCUGGCUCAACAAUGCCUUCCAGGGCAUUGAGUCAGAAAACGUGAAUGUGGUAAAGCGUCUCUUUAAAAUCCAAAACAUAAAUGCCAGCACCAUCCGCACUGUGAUGGUGGCCCACUGCCGUCGACACGACUCCCCUGACCUUCUUUUGGACUAUGAAGCUCAGGCCCAGCGGACGCAGCAGCACCAGCCUCUCUUCUUUGAUCUGGGAAAUACAGACAGUGAAGAGGAGGGUGAAGAUGAUGCGGAAGAGGAGCGAGGAGAAAAAAGAUUAGCAGCACAUCUGCCCUCAUUGAAACCGUCUGGGCUGCAUCAUGUUUUACAUGGUUGUCAGAGCAUAGCCACUCGUGAGCGAGAGUUAGAGACGAAGGUGGCCAGGCUGAUGGGCAGCAGACGCACCAAAGCUCCUGAACUAAAUCUGGUGUCUCCUUCAAAUGUUGGAGAAGGAGAGGACAUGACCUAUCUGCUCUUCACCACUGGCAGCCUCACAUAUUCCCCUCACCAAAUAGGUAUCAAGCGGAUUAUGCCUGAUCAAAUGACAACAUGUGGUCCUGUCUUGGGCGAGGAGCGCAGUUCUGAGGAAUUCUUUGACUCGUUGGAUCAUGUGAUCGACAUACACGGCCACAUCAUCGGCAUGGGGCUGUCACCUGACCAUAGGUACUUGUACGUGAACAGUCGAGCAUGGCCAGCAGGCUGUGUGAUCUCGGACCCCAUGUCCCCUCCACCAAUCGCAGAGGAGAUAGACCUGCAUGUGAUUGAUCUUAAGAGUCUGAGGGAGGAGCGCCGCAGCCUUCGAGCUCACCGGGCCUUCACACCAAAUGAUGAGUGUUUCUUUAUCUUCCUCGAUGUCAGCAGAGACUUUGUCGCCAGUGGUGCAGAGGACAAGCACGGUUACAUAUGGGACAGACACUACAAUAUCUGCCUAGCGCGCCUGCAACACGAUGACGUGGUCAACUCAGUGGCCUUCAGUCCAGCAGACCAGGAGCUGCUGCUUUCUGCCAGCGAUGACUCCACCAUCAAAGUGUGGCGGUCACCGCGCAUGGUGCGCCUCAGCCAGGCCCCCCGACCCCCAUCUCGCGCUCACAAACUGCUUUCCUCCUUGCUCGGCCACAGAAGUAUUAACGUAAACGGUAAGCCCUGACCAUCACACCGGCGCAUUUAUAACAAAACCCUAGAGACUGACACUCCGUGAGCAGAGAAGGUCAUGUGUGAGGUCAAGAAAUUGAGGAUGGGGAGGAGGAAGAUGCUUAGUGGCACUAUUAAAGAAUGUACUGUGAUCUACCAGAUCCCUGAAAGAUGAAUUGAGAAUCAGUUUUUUUAUUAAACGUCACCACAAAUGGAUAAAAACAUGGAAGGUGAACAUCAAUGGGAUGCGACUCCAAGAGCAAAGAAACAAGAAUAUAAAGAAAGAUAUUAAGGGAAAACUAUUGUUUACACUGCAGAAAAUGCUUUUCUGACUGAUUUUUUUUGUCUUGUUGAUGUCCAAAUAUAAAAAAAAUAUUAAAUCAAGAAUAAUUGUCAAGACAAGCAAAACAUAUUGUCUUGUUUUAAGAAAUAAUAUGCUAAAAUGAAGUGAGUUUGUCCCUAAAACAAGCAAAAUAAUCUGCCAAAGGAGUAAGCAAAUUAAUAUUAUAUCAAAAGGAAAAACAAUAAUAUUUUGCUUACCCCAUUGGCAGAUUAUUUUGCUUGUUUUAAGGAAAAACUCACUUAAUAUUGGCAUAUUAUUUCUCAAAACAAGACAUUAUGUUUUGCUUACCUAUAAAAUGCUUCUUGAUAUAAGAAUUUUUAGUUAUUUGGACUAGAAACAAAACAAAAACUCUUUUUUUGCAGUGUAUUUGAUAUAUUAUGUUUCAUUUUAUAACUCCCUUAGAGUUACAGUUGAUUUUAAAUCAAUUCAGCUGAUUCUGGAUCUGGUGGGAGCCCUUUUACCUCAGCUUAGCAUAAAUAAUUGAAUGAGAUUAGACUGUUAGUGUCUUACACAAAAAUGACAUUUAAAUUGAUCCUCUGUUGUUAUAUUGUGUACUGAGGCUAACGGAAAAUGAGAAGUUGAUAUCUUCUUGGCCAGUUUAGCUAUUCUCUCUUUAGGAAAUUUGCUCUAUAGUUUCUACCCAUAUCCACCUAGAAAACAACAACUUUUCUUAUUAAUAAUAGAAUAGUCGAGCUUCAAAAAAAAAUAUUGAUGAUUUUCCAGCAAGAUGCUAACGGUCUAAUCUGAUUCGAUGUUCUAAGCUAAGCUAAACAUGUUCCACACCAGACCGGAGAUCAGCUGAAUGGAUUCAAUAAUGGCAAAACUCUAGGAGAGCUGUAAAAGGAGCCAUAAUAUAAUAAAAGAAUAGUUUCCAAAAUAGAGCGUUCCUUUAAGGUUAUUUUCACACGUGUGCAGUUGUUAAAACUAGUUAACUGUUUUGAUUGCGUGAGCAUGACUGCACAUUUUUAACAUUUAUUUUUUCUCAGCGCCUUGUUUAAUAUGUGUUAAUAAAAUACUUGAUGGUCUGAAGAACAAGAAUGUGAUCAAAUCAUUCAAAUAUUCACUAAUGGAAAACAAACCUACAGAGGAACAAUGAUGUGUCAUAGCUUUGGUUCAGUUUGACAAGCUACAGAAUGACAAUGCAAGUGUUUACAUCCGAGGUUUUCCAACUAUGCCUUUAUUAAUGAAAUGAGUUGUGUAUUUUGGCAUACAGGUAAUAUAUUGACAAUUCCAAAAACAGUAAAAGCCUACUUGUUGAACAUUUAGUCAUUGUCUGCUUCAUACAAUCACUUUGUUUUAACAAUGCACUGUUGCUGUGCUUCUGUUAUGGUGGCAGGGUUUUUUUUAUAUUUAAAGGGAUAGUUCAGCCAGUCGUUAUUUAUUCUCCCCCUUGUGGUUUUAAACCAUGGCGUUGAACACAAAAGUAGACAUUUAUUGUCUUCUUUUGUGUUAAGAAGAAAGAAUAGGCUUUUAAAAAGUGAAGGGUGACAAUAUUUGCAGUUUGGAUUGUCAAAACCACCAAAAACCAGAAGAAAAGCUCUGGUUGACUGUACACUAUUUCCUUCUCCAUGAUCAAUUUUAUUAUACAACCUAAUGUAGCUGUUACUGAACACAAAAUAUCAGGCAUGUUUAAAGGGAUAGUUCAUCCAAAAAUAAAAAUGAACCCACUGUUUCAUCCGAGAAAGCUGAAAACCUGUAGCCAUUGACUUUCGUAGUAGGGUAAAACAGAUACAAUGGAAGUCGAUGGUUACAGGUUUCCAGCUUUCUUCAAAGUAUCUUUAUUUGUGUUCAACUGUAGGAAAAAAUGGAGCAAGUUAACAGUGAGUAAAGGAUGAUUUCAAAAGAAUUGAACGUUUUUGGUGAACUAACCCUUUAGCUCACACUGUUUACCAGCCGUAAAUAUUCAGCAAAGGUGCUCUUCAAAGGUUGUUAUCUCUGAUGUCAUGAAAUGCGCCCCCAUAUAUGAAGCUCAUCUGUAUACUGGUCAAUCUGUUACUCGUGUGUAAGUGUGUUUUUGUAAUGGCUGCGUCCGAUUUAUUAUUGAUUUCAAUUUGGUUGCUUAAUUUAUGUCUGAUCAUUGGAAUAAUUCAGUUAAUGUUUAGUUUCCUGCAUUUGUCUGUGCGGUUGUAAGUACAUCAGUUUUGCUUCAAUGAACCUGGUUCUCUGUUUGAGCUUGUGAAUCGGAUUUUCCCAGCCGACCUUUGCUUGUUCGGCAUCGUUAGAUUUUGUAGAAUUGUGAAAUGUGUAAAAUUGAUUUGAUCUAUUAAACACUUUUCUUUUAUCA